AAAAAACAAAACAAAAAAAACUAUAUAUCACUAUCUACGACUACUAUUGAUAUAUAUCUUGCACCACCUAGCUUUACCUAUUUUGCCUUUGUACGUAUCAUUUUUUAUAGAAGAACAAGAAUGAUGAAGAAUGAAGAAAUGCUAUCGUCAACUAGGCCAUUGACUAUAGGGUUCCCACUAGGCUUCGCCUUCCUUUUGAUCUUAUUGUUUUGCAUAAGCGGGUUUGUUAUCGGUUGCGUCAACUGGGACAAGCUUCGUGCCCUUAUCUUCCAAUCUUCCGGUCACGACCACGAUGACAACGACGAUACUCGACCAGAUAUCGAUCGCUCACCCGUAGUUGGACCUGCACCCCUUCUCAAGGCGGCAAGGCCAAAAAUUGUAGGGCAAAGCCUGCCGGUUUUAAUGCCAGGGGAUGAGGUUCCAAGGUUCGUAGCAAUGGCUUGUCCAUGUGAAGCACCCACAAUGGAAAAGAUUAAGGACACCGUACAAAAGCCGCCACCUCUUCCGGUGCCGUUUCAUUACUCAUAGUGAUUUUUUGUUCGGAUGUUUUUUAAAUUGCGCUGAUUAAUGAAAUUAAGAACCCCAACAUAUUACUCGUCACUGUUUUCCAUCGUUAUACAUCUGCUGCUCCUAUUCAACGUUUUAUUAUUUAGGAUAAUUAUGGUAGUGAUUAGAAGUGAAAGUAAAUGCGUAGGGAUAUUAGGGGGCAGAGCAAUAUUUGCGUGUUUCGUGCUUUGCAGUUGAGUGUUGGUAUGGACUAUUGAUUAGGACAAUGCAUUAAUGUUUUGAAGCUCAGACUGUAGUUUGGAGACAACAACUAUGUUUGUCGUAUUUCGGUUCUCGUGUUCCUUCUUACCAGAAUAUAUGUAGUUAGUAUUUAAAA